AUGGAAACCUGGCAUGGCUUUGUCGAAACGCUCGAGGACGCAGUCUUGCUGCUCGAGGCCUGUCGUCAGGGAUAUUUGAGACGCAACCAACGUAGAUUGACGGAAAAUGAAAAGGUCCGGAUACAGUCGGGUUCUGUUUGGAUAUGGGACGAGGAGGAGGCACAGAUCCGGCGAUGGACAGACGGCCGUACUUGGUCCCCAUCUCGUCGCCUCCUAGAGCGCUUCUUGAUAUACUAUGAGAUUGACGGCGCUGCUCGCAAUAGACGAACCUCGGAGGAGACAAAUUCCACUCAUGAGGACGGCGAUGUGUCCAUGUACAAGCGAAAAGAAGGUGGCCUCUGUAAGCGGUGCUUGGCGGUUACAACUACUGAUGGUCGCCGGCAGCAUCUGGUGGCGUACUAUUCAGAGGAGGAUGCUCGGUCCGGAAAACUGCCUCGACCUUCCCAACAGCCUGAUCUGGCGUCAGUGUUUGUCGACUACCGACGAUACCCGGAUAUUGUAUUGACAUGGACAGACUCAUCCCCUUCCAUGCGUUCUCACAUGCAAGAGCUGGCGAAACGUCACCAAAACAGAGCGGGAUCAAUGCCUUCAUCAGGAAGCUCACAUCGUCGCACGCAUUCACCUGAUGGACCGUCUCAAUCAACUCGACGAUAUCAACCAUAUGCAUUCGGGCCGCAGGCACCGUCAUCAAGUCAACGCCCGUUUAGUGCAUCUCAGCGCGGAUGGAAGCAUCAUAGCAGCAACGAUGUUGGUCAGACGUAUGCAUCGCCUGCACCGCGACAUGUCGCACCGUCAUCAUAUUCCUAUCCUAUGUUGCCCCAAUGUACAGACGUUUAUCAUAAAGCACAACCCAAUCCGCAACCUCCUUGUACCAGGAGCUGCUGCAGACCGCUCGCUAGGCCAAAUCACUUUCCAUCACACUCCCCGCUACACACGUCCUCAGCUUACCCGCCACUAGCACCCACAACAACACCAAUGUCACUUUAUUCUCCGCAUACGCCUCUACCGUCAGCGUACCCGCCACUAGCAACCACAACAGCCCCAAUGUCACGCUAUUCUCCACAUGCAUCUCCGCCCUCGAUUCCCCCCGCGCCCGCACAUCAACCAUCUUAUAUCACAACGUCAAAACCCAAUACCCGAUUAGAGAUAUCGCCAGUCAGAGGCGCAUGGUCGAACCAUUUGCAACUUCCGCUGCCCCAGGCAGGUCCGUUGGUGCGGCAAAGCACGCCACGGAUAGGGAGACCUAUCCCUGUGGCAGCCUUGCUGCGAGAGACGUCAUCUACCGACUUUGACGUCCCACUGGAAGGAAAGGCAGCAACAGUUUGGAAAGACUGA